UGCGGGCCGGGGGAAGGGGCGGCGCUGCCGGCGGUGCUGCCGGUCCCGCUCCGCUCCGCUCGGUGCCGCUCCUGCCGGGCCUGUGCCCGGUGCCCGCGGCCCCGCCAUGGGCAGUGCCCCUGCCCGGUACCUGGUGUUCUUUCAGUACUUUGGCACCAGGUACAGUGGGGUUAUGGAGACCAAGAGUGAUCAGGCCCUGGUUGGAGUCCAGAAUUAUUUGGAGAAGGCCGCGGAGCAGCUGAAGCCCAGCGCGCCCAUCAAGUUCCAGAUCUCGAGCCGCACGGACAGCGGCGUGCACGCGCUGGCCAACGCCGCGCACCUGGACGUGCAGCGCGCCGCGGGCCGCGCGCCCUUCACGGGGCAGCAGCUGCUGCAGGGCCUCAACCGCCACCUGCGGCCCGAGCCCAUCCGCAUCCUGAGUGCCCAGCGGGUGCCCAGCACCUUCCACGCCCGUUUCUGUGCCCUCUCCAGGACCUACAUCUACCGCCUGCUGCUGGGCUGUGCCCACCACUCGCAGAUCCCCGUCUUCGAGCGCGAUCUGUGCUGGGCUCCUCCCGGAGGCCCCCUGGACAUCGCGGCCAUGCGGGCGGCGGCGCAGCUGCUGCAGGGCACGCACGACUUCAGCACGUUCCGCGCGCCGCAGGCCGAGGCGCAGGGCGCAGUCAGGACGCUGCAGCAGCUGCAGCUGCAGCCGGCGCCGGGGCUGCUGGGCCAGCACGGCCUGCACGGGGGACUGCAGUUCUGGGAGGUGAGGGCGAAGAGCAGAUCCUUCCUGUACCGCCAGGUGAGGAGGAUGGUGGGCGCGCUGGUGGCCGUGGGCCAGGGCAGGCUGGGCCCUGCCGAGCUCCAGGAGCUGCUGCAGCGCCGCGACCCCCGGGCGCUGCCCCCGCACGCCACGGCCCCGGCACGGGGGCUGUUCCUGCACAGCGUGGAGUACAGCCCCAAAGCACUUCCUGCAGAAAUGAUUCCUGCAGAGUUCCUCCAGCCCUGCUCUGAGGGAAGAGCUCAGGAGCAGCAGCUGCAAGGAGGGAAACCCAAAUCUGAACAUUCUGCUGCUGCCAGCUCAAAGGAGGGGCCCUGUGCUACAGCUGAGCUGCCAAAACCACCCAGCAGCCCCCCAGGGACUCCUGAUUCCCUUCAGAGAAAUCACCAGUGGCACUGCAGGAGGGCUGAGCCCCAUGGGAUGGGACUGCUGCUCCUCUCCUGACUCUGGUUUUUUCUUUUUGUACUACUGCAUUUGUAUUUUUUACAUUUUCCUAGUAAAGAACUGUUAUUCCUAUUCCCAUACCUUUGCCCCAGAGCCUUUUAAUCCCAAAAUCAUCAUAAUUCAGAGAGAGGGGGUUGGCAUUUUCCAUUUCAGGGGAGCCUCCUGCCUUCCUCAGCAGACACCUCCUUCCAAACCAAGACAGAUCUCUCGAGCAGUGGCUGGAGAGAUGUUCCACUUCCUCCAACUUUUGGUUGGGUUUGUUCCAUUUCCUUUAAAUUUUCCAACCCCAUGCUUGGAAACUUGGGGUUAAAAACACACGGGGAUAAAGAAAUCAACUGAUUUUCCAUUUCAGGGCAGGCUCCUGCCUUCCUUAAGCAAACACCUCCUUCCAAACCAAGGUGCCUGGAGAGAUGUUUCACUUCCUCCAAAUUUUGCUCGGCUUUCUUCCACUUCCUUUAAAUUUUCCAACCUCAUGCUUGGAAACAUGGCCUUAAAAAGCCAUGGGGAUAAAAAACCAUGGGGAUAAAGAAAUCAACAGGCCAGGCAGGGCUCGGGCUCACCCCUUG